GUUAACUGAAGGAAAUAGGAAUUGUUGCUUCAUCAAAGAUGUCAUCGACGAGAUGUUGAAUUUCCACAUGUAGGACCGCUGCUGUAGCCUAUCUAUUCGAAUUGGAUAUUUAUAUGACAUUUAAUAUUUUGAGUGGCUUAUGAAUUUAUACUUAGGGCUGAAGGAAUUUGAAAAUGAUGCUCGGUAUCAAAUUCCGUUAUGCACCGACUACAUGCAUGCAAUGAAUCACGGCGAAUUUUUCCGCUGCUAGAUCGACAACUUGACAUCGACACUACGAUAUAAAGACGGGCCGACCGGAUUUGUUCAAUUUUCAUUAGCAGAUAUUGCCUAUAGAUAGCUCCAUUCAAACAGCAAUUACAUGGUUAACCGGCAACACCGAAGGAAAGCGAGUAACAGUGUCCUUUUUGUGUGCACCGAAAGGGGUAUUUAAAUAACGCUGAUCGGAAACGAUAUAUCGCUAUUCGGAAUUGUCAUCGUUUCCGCGCGCAGAUAACCGUGAGUGAUCGACGUUAUCUGAAUGUCAGAGCAUCCUCGGCCGUGUCCUGUUCGUAUCAGGGUAGCGCGCUCUGCAAGACCUUUGAAAACCCACGGAGUGGGCUCCCUCACACCCCUGCAGUGAAAAAAUCUUUUUGAAAGACGAUUUAUUGAAAAUUGUAAUAUGUCGGGACAGUCUAUCACGGACCGGAUCGCCGCGGCUCAGCACAGCAUGACGGGAUCUGCCAUCAGCAAAGCCGUGUGCAAGGCCACGACGCACGAAGUCAGCGCGCCCAAGAAGAAGCACCUUGAUUAUCUAAUGCACUGCACCAAUGAGCUGAACAUGAACAUACCUCACUUGGCUGACACGCUGUUUGAGAGGACAGCAAAUCAAAGCUGGGUGGUGGUGUUCAAGGCUCUCAUUACGUCACACCACCUCAUGAUGUAUGGCAAUGAGAGGUUUAUCCAGUACCUUGCAUCAAGAAGCACACUCUUUAACUUGAACAAUUUCGUAGAUAAAUGUGCAUUACAAGGUUACGAUAUGUCCAUCUACAUCAGACGUUACAGCAGGUAUCUGAAUGAGAGGGCACUGUCCUACCGGCUAGUUGCAGUUGAUUUCACCAAGAUGAAGAGAGGGACUGAUGGAGUGAUGCGCACUAUGAGCAUAGAAAAGCUGAUGAAGACCCUCCCUAUCAUUCAGAAUCAGCUGGACACCCUUCUGGACUUUGAGGCCAGCUCUAGUGAACUGACCAAUGGGGUGAUCAAUUGUGCCUUCACGCUGCUGUUCAAGGACUCCAUCCGCAUCUUUGCUGCUUACAAUGAGGGUGUCAUUAAUCUGUUAGAGAAAUAUUUUAAUAUGAAGAAGAAUCAAUGCAAAGAAGCGCUGGAAAUAUACAAGACAUUUCUUAUCAGGAUGACCAAGCUCUCAGAGUUUCUCAAGGUGGCCGAGCAAGUUGGAAUUGAUCAGGUUGACAUCCCAGAUCUCUCACAGGCUCCAAGCAGUCUCUUAGAAGCUUUGGAGCAACACCUGGCUUCUCUGGAGGGCAAGAAAAUGAAAGAUGCCACUACCAUCAGCAGGGAGUUAGAGGGUGACAGACUACAGCCUGCAAAGGCUGUUCAGCUCAAAGAUAUUGGUAUGCAGACCCCAACAAUAUCCCCCAGUGGGCAGUCUGUGGGCAGUGCCAACAGCAGCUGCACCAGCAGCGGUGCCACAGAAUUUCUCUCCAGUCCAUCUGAUCUACCCAUCACAAAUGGUGUGCACAACUUCAACAGUGACCAUUUUGAUCUGCAACACAAUUCCAGCACCUCUGCCCAGACAACCACCCUACCAGCCAAUAACAACAGCUGGGGAGGAGCACUUUUGAAGCCCACCUUCUCCUCACAGGUCCAAAGUCAAGGCACACAGUUCUACAAUGGAGGAAAAUUACUUACUAAUGACCUGGACUCGUCCUUGGCCAAUCUUGUGGGCAAUCUACAUUUUGGUGGACCCCCAGCCAAAAAGCCAGAAGUGCAGUGGGCUCAUUUGGAGAAGAAAUCAUCAGGAGGUUCCCACUGGCAGUCUAAAGCCAUGAAUGGCACAGCACCCUGGAGCCACACACACCUGGCUCCUGCUCCCAUACCGAUGCCACAAAUGAAUGGAAUGAUUUACACUGGCUAUGCACCAGCUCCGGUAGCAUUUCCGAUGACAACCCCCCAAGUGCCUGUGUAUGGGAUGAUUCCUCCUACUCUGGGCCAAAUGGGGUCAGUUCCCUUUAUGGCCCCUCAGCCUGUGAUAUAUAAUCAGCCCAUCCUCCGCACCACCAAUCCUUUCACCCCUAUUCCUGGAGCUCAGAUGCACUUUAUGUAGCACUGAGGACCACGAUGAACUGACACGUACGCCCGAGGAAAAACAUCAACAAACUCAAAACCAAAAAAUGGAAAGGCAGACAUGAGAAAUGGUUCAUAUGGCUCAUAAGGACUGAAGAAGUGUUCAUGUGGCA